AUGGCCAAUUUUAUAUUAAGGAAAGCUGAACCCAAUGAUGUGACUGAUAUUUUACGACUCAUCAAGGAACUUGCCAAAUUUGAGGAAAUGGAGGAGCAGGUCAAGCUGACUGAAAAAGAUCUACUUGAAGAUGGAUUUGGGGAUCAUCCAUUUUACCACUGCCUGGUUGCAGAAGUACCAAAAGAACAACAAAGCACAUAUGGUCACAGUGUUGUUGCGUUUGCCAUGUACUACUUCACAUAUGACCCUUGGAUUGGAAAACUACUUUACUUAGAGGACUUUUAUGUUAUGGAAGAUUUCCGUGGCUUUGGUAUUGGCUCGAAGAUCCUCAAGGUGCUCAGUGAGACUGCUGUGAAGACCCGCUGCAGCAGCAUGCACUUUAUUGUUGCAGAAAACAAUUCAAAGUCCAUCGAAUUUUACAAGCGCAGAGGAGCCUCUGACUUAUCCUCUGAAGAGGGCUGGCGCCUUUAUGCAAUAGAGAAAAAGGACUUGACGGCGGCCUUGGCUCUGGAUGAGCGGGGGGCUGUAGCAGGACAAGACCUCCAGACGCCUUCAGUGGAGCUCCAGGAGAAACCCAUAACCCCUCCUUCUCUGCUUCUCCGCGGCCCGCCCAAACAACACAGACGCGGGAGAGAGGCCAUCCCUCCCGGCAGCAGCAGUAAUCUGCUCUCCAGUUACAAAUGCAGUGCGAGGACAAUGGAUGAGGAUGACACCAGGCUUUCUAUACAAUCCAGAGAGCCUAAGUUAAUACUACACGAAUCGGAUGAGGGUGGUGCCGGCGGGCAGUUUGUUGUGGAGCUUCAAGAGACUGUGUUGGUAUCAGAAGGCGAGGGGGAAGGCAUGGCGGUUCACAGGUUUGCCUCAGAAGAGCUAGUCAUCCAGGAUGCAGUUGAGGAUGUGGUUUCUGAGUAUGUACACUGCGAUGAAGAUGAAGAUGUUGCUGUAGAGACCUGUGUGAUGGCCCUAGAGGGAGACGAGGAAGGAGUAGCCAUGAGUGACAUCCCAGAGGACGGCUUGGACACAGAGCAGCAGGACGAGGACCAGGACGGUUGUGGGGACUACUUGAUGAUAUCUUUGGAUGAAGCUGGUAAAAUGGUGUCUGACGAUGGGACAGAAGUGACAGUGGAGGGGGCUGUGGAGGAUCAUGAAGUGGAGAAGGAUGAGGAUGGACAAGAAGUAAUCAAAGUAUAUAUCUUCAAAGCAGAUUCUGGAGAGGACGACAUGGGUGAAUCUGUAGACAUCAGUGACAAUGAGAGUAUGGCAAUAGCUGACGCUGGACAUCCACUGAGAGAAAAAAUGGUUUACAUGUCUGUUGGAGAUUCUCGUCACAAUCAAGGAAAUCACGGUGCUGAUGAUGGUGAGGGUUGUGAAAAUCGUAACGGGGCUGCUAGUGCACUGCUGCACAUUGAUGAGUCGGAUAGAAUUGAUGAACUCGGCAGGCAGAGGAACAAGAAGAGGAGAUCUGAACCUCGGCAGGUGCAGACAGCCAUCAUCAUUGGACCAUAUGGGCAGCCUCUAACGGUCUAUCCAUGUAUGCUUUGUGGAAAGAAGUUCAAGUCGCGUGGUUUCCUUAAACGACAUACUAAGAACCACCAUCAGGAUGUUCUCACCAGGAAAAAGUACCAGUGUACAGACUGUGAUUUCACAACUAAUAAGAAGGCUAGCCUCCACAACCACAUGGAGGAGCAACAGGCAUCUCCUGAAAAGACUGAACCUAAGCGACCAGAAGCAACCACUCCAACAGUCUCCCCUAAAAAGUCUGCCAGCAGCUCCAGUGGCUCUGGGACACCGGCCAGGGUGAGCGCUGCCAGUCUCGCCAGCAGUGUCACAGUAGUGAUUGGCAAAGGACAAAAGGAGAGAAGAAUUUACCAGUGCCAGUAUUGUGACUACAGCACGGGGGAUGCUUCAGGGUUCAAAAGGCACGUCAUUUCUAUUCACACAAAAGACUAUCCUCAUCGCUGUGAAAUCUGCUCUAAAGGUUUCAGACGGCCCUCAGAGAAAAACCAGCACAUUUUGCGUCAUCACAAAGACGUGGCCCAUGCAGAGGGACUCUAA